AUGGUGAUGAGGUUGCAUGGCUUGGUUCUUCAAAUGGGGAAUUCACUAUGUGAAGUGCUUACAGUGUGGUUCGAGGUCAUGGGAGUACACAUGCUCACAGCCGUGGAUGCAUUUUGGUGUUGGAGGAAUAGAGUAGUGUUUUGUAAUGAGGAGGGAGAUAUAUCUCAGUUGAUCUUUCAGAUUAAAGGGAAAACUAAUGAAAUUUGCCACGUGGGGUUUAGUGGCUAUUCACGUGACAUGUUUGACGCAUCAAUGCAACAAUGUGUAAUUCGUUGGUCUCCUCCACUAAAGGACUCAUGCAAGCUUAACUGUGAUGGAGCUGUUAGUAACGGGAUUGCUUCGUGUGGUGGUGUUGCACGGGACCAUAAUGGACAAUUUAUCAUGGCUUUUUCGGGUGAUUUGGGUAGCUGCUCAGUGGUUCAAGCAGAGCUUUGGACUAUCUAUUAUGGGAUUAAACUGCUACGGGAAAUGAGUUGGAAUGGAACCAUUUGGGUGAAGACUAAUUCUGCUUUGGCAGUAAAGUUUUUAAAUGAAGGAUGUAAUCGUACUCAUGCUAGCUAUUCUUUGGUGAACAAGAUAGUUCACAUUGUUGGUGAUAACCAUGAGGUAUCUUGCUCUCAUAUCUUUUGA